AUGAAAGAGGUAGAGAAGAGCGUAGACUCUCAAUUAUGGCAUGCGUGUGCUGGUGGGCUGAUUCAGAUGCCAUUAACGAAUUCGAAGGUCUAUUAUUUUCCACAAGGCCAUGCUGAACACACACUAACAAACGUAAAUUUCAGUGCGAUUCCUAGAGGAGUUCCACCUUUCAUCCUUUGCAAAGUGAUUGAUGUGAAGUUCAUGGCAGAUUUAGAAACCCAUGAAGUGUAUGCGAAGAUCAAGUUGAAUCCACUUCAAAACAAUAUUACUACUUUCGAUGAUGAAGAACAAAGAAAUUUUAUGGAGAUUCAUAACCUUUCUGAUCAAUCCUCUGAUAAAGCCUCUUCUUUUGCAAAAACCUUGACACAAUCUGACGCAAACAAUGGUGGAGGUUUUUCUGUCCCUAGAUGCUGUGCAGAAACAAUUUUCCCCCGUUUGGAUUACUCAUCCGAUCCACCUGUUCAAACAAUCAUAGCUAAAGACAUUCAUGGUGAAAUUUGGAGGUUUAGGCACAUCUACAGAGGAACACCAAGGAGACAUCUUUUAACCACUGGUUGGAGUACUUUUGUGAACCAAAAAAAACUAAUUGCUGGUGAUUCAAUCGUGUUCAUGAGAUCAAAAAACGGAGAUCUUUGUGUUGGAAUUAGACGUGCUAAAAGAGGGUCUCCAGAAUGCUGGAGUUCUUCAUCUGGGAACAACAAGUUCAUGAUGAUAAACAAUGGAAGAAAAAUGAAUUAUAAUAUUGGUGUAAGGGGAAAAGUGAAACCUGAAGAUGUUAUUGAAGCUACAUCAUUUGCAGUGAAUGGGGAACCAUUUGAGGUUACUUAUUACCCACGUGCAAGUACACCUGAGUUUUGUGUGAAGGCUUCUUCUUUGAUUGCUUCAUUGCAAAUUCAAUGGUGUCAUGGAAUGAGAUUCAAAAUGGCUUUUGAAACAGAGGAUUCUUCACGUAUAAGUUGCUUCAUGGGAAUUGUUUCUUCUGUUCAUGUUGUUGACCCUUUUCAAUGGCCUAAUUCUCCUUGGCGUCUACUUCAGGUUAAUUGGUAUGAACCAGAUUUGUUACAAAACGUGAAGAAUGUAAGCCCAUGGGUGGUUGAAUUAUUACCAAACAUGCCACUCAUUCAUCUAACACCGUUUUCACCACACAGAAAGAAGCUAAGAUUACCUCAACCACCAGAUUUACAUUCUGACAAUGUUCCUACAAGCAUACAGGGAGCCAGGCAUGGUGGAUUUCAGAUCCCAUUAUCGGAUCUUAAUCUUACCCAUAAACUACAAUCGGGUCUUUUUCCUUCUUCUGAUUCAGAUCAUGAUGUGAAUGAUAAUCAUGAUGACAUAUCAUGUUUGUUGACCAUUGGAACUUCUUCUACUCAUUUCUUGGAGAAAAAUGAUAAUCAGAAACAAGUAAAGACUCCUUUGUUUCUACUCUUUGGUCAACCCAUUCACGUUGACUGA